AUGGCGUCAAAUGCAACGGAAGCGAACAACAGGCUCGACUCGUCCAGCCGGGCGCUCAGCAGACCAGAAAUACUCAAUACUUCUCGUAAGACACAUCCAGCCCGAAACAUUGUGUCAAAUCAUCGUACAUUCUCUUCAUCGUUGCUAAUAAAUUCCAUCGCAAACAGGCAUUCCCAAACCGAGAUGGCGUGGAGUUCACGGUUACUUAGGGACAACGUAGUUGCAGAAGCUCUGGCAGUGGUCCAGGCACUUCAGCUUGCCCACCAGCGGUUGCGCACCCUUCCUCCUGGUCCAGGUGGUCCCAAGCUUGCUACGGUACAUAUUUUCACGGGAGCCCUUCACGUGUUCCGAGACAUCGUACUUACCAACAACGCCUGGAGUGCGAACAGGAGUCUCACUCCUCACGCUAAACUCUUGAGAACGAUUCAAGUCAUGAUGUUCGAACAAAGUCAGAAGCUUGGCGACAUUCCCGAUCUGGAGGUCGAUUUACACCUCUACUGGCUAACGGCGGAAAGUAGCCUCGAGAGCCAGCGGGCCGCCAAGCGCGUUGCCCUCCAAUGUCGACUACUUGAUGGCGAGCAGAAUAUGUUUACCCUGGACGGUGAAGCCAGACUCGCUGCAGAGAUGCCUCCAUCGGUGUAUCUCGAUGUAGAACACGCCCUUAUCCAAAAAAGUAAGGAUCACAAAGAGAAGUCCAACGAGAAAUCAGCAGCAGCCGGUGUCCCUAGAGAUAUCAUCUGUUCCGUUGGAUACCACGACUCGUGGUACGGUCAGUCAUAUGACCCCUGUCCGGAGCCAUACGUCUCCUCCUUUUCCGACCCCGAGGACUUUUACGAUUCGGACCUCGAGGUCCACGAGUCCAUCGAGAUUUCCCCCUCGCCCUCUCGCCCCAGCAACCCGGUGUCCUACACGUCAGGCCCGCCCCCAAUGGGCGGCCCUCCGGACAUGGUAUCGAACAUCCCCUUCCCGGGAACGAACAAGCCACUGUGGUGGCGCGAUCUCGGUCCGGCCCGUCCCACCAUCGAGCAGACCAGCCAGAUCAAGGACUCGACCCCAAGCAUCGAACAAGAUGAUGUUCCAGGCACCGAAAAAGCCACGGUGACUAGAACCGAAGCGACGGCUGAGGAGGAAGAUGACUGGAUGGAGGAGCAUGUUCUGGAGCAGUGCAUCCGUUUCAUGCAGGAGAGGAGGAUGCGUGGACAUAGGGAGGAACCGGUUCUGGAGCGGUGGCAGGAGGUCUGCCUCAAGGAGCUUCGCCUGAUGGCGCCUGGAAAUCCCAUUGUGCGUGCUCAUGAGGCGAAGAGAGUCCGGAUUAACCGCUUGCUGGACCAAAUCCAUGCCAUGCGUGUGAACAUAAGCCAGCGGCAAAAGCUGGUGAGUGAGAAAGACAAGGAGGUGCGCCACUUGGCGCGUGACCAACCUUUCUUCUUCGGAGCAUCCUUUUCCUAA